GGAAAGAAUCGAUAUAUUUUUUUAGUGACCCUGGAACGCAGGUAGGUAUACUUGCCUAUGAGAAAGCCGACUUGCCGCCUCCCCCCCAACAUCAUACUUUACUGGCUGUGCGCCGUAACCUCGCCGGUCUGGUCGUAGCGAUAGGUAGGCAUAUCUACGCACCCGUCUUGCGGAUAUCCCAGGACACGGCAUCCCGAUAGGGGAAUGAACCCAUCCUUCUCUUCUCGUCGCUAGGUAGCCGGCGGGUAUGAGCCGAUUCGCACUCGCAUGCCGAGCUUCCCUCAGGUCCUCUCGGCUGGGCAGGCUAUCGAGAUUACCGUCCGUGUUUCUAACAUAUCGCGUCAACCGUUCCAAUGCUAGACGCUUCUCGAGUCACACUCUCCCACACCACGAUGUCGGGAUCCAGUACCACGAUACUGGCAUCCAGUAUGUCCGCAACAUUGGCAUCAUAGCCCACAUCGACGCUGGGAAGACGACGACCACAGAGCAGAUGCUCUACAACUGUGGCGCCUUGAAACACGCAGGCAACGUCGACCACGGAGAUACCGUGACCGACUUCUUGCCUAUGGAGAGGCGGAGGGGUAUCACCAUCCAGUCCGCGGCAAUUACCUUCCACUGGCCUCCCAAGGAGCGCCUAAAGCACAACGGCAGGCAGCAUGUGAUCAAUUUGAUCGACACCCCCGGCCACGUCGAUUUCAGGUUCGAGGUCGAGCGUUGUAUGCCCGUUCUCGACGGGGCCGUCUGUAUCAUCGAUGGCGUCGAGGGUGUCGAGACGCACACCGAGAGAGUUUGGUUCUCCGCCCAGGAGUUUAAGGUGCCUCGAGUCAUCUUCGUGAAUAAGCUCGACCGCGACGGCGCUUCCUUCAAGAAAUCCGUGCAGGAUAUCGCGUUGAAGCUCGACGGGAUGCCUCUGGUCUGUCAUAUACCCUGGUGGGGUAGAGACACUAUACGCGGCGUGGUCGAUGUGAUCACGCGCUCUGUUGUCAGUUGGGCCGGGACGAAAGAUACCCAUGAAGAACUAUCAGACAAGAUCCUCGAAGGGUCUAUCAAGGACGAGACCGAGCGCGCGCGAGAGAAUCUGAUCGAGCAACUCUGCGAGAAGGAUGACGAGCUGCUAGAAAUGUGGACUCUGCAAGGGAAAGAUCUGCCCGCGGAAGCUGUUAAAAAAAGCCUUCGUCGCGUCAUCAACGAAUGCGACGGCUCUCUGAUACCUAUUUUUGCGGGAUCUAGUUUGAAGAACAUCGGCGUCGCCGCCCUGCUGGAUGCGGUUACAGAUUAUUUACCGAGUCCUUCGGAUCGUCCCGAGCUCGAGGUGCGGGUUGGACAAACCCAUCAACCACUUAGCAAGGUUCUCCCCGCGACAACGGGUUCCAAAAAGCCGAAGCCUCAUAUCGAUGCCCUCGCUUCCGUUUUCAAGGUGGUCAACGACGCUCGUCGCGGAAUGCUGACCUUUGUGCGAGUCUAUCACGGUAUCUUAAAGAAGAACACGUCAAUGUGGAAUGCCAACCUACAACAAUCCGAGAGGCCCCUCGGUAUGAUGCAGAUAUCGGCUGCGCAGACGGUCGAAAUACCGCACCUAUCUCCGGGGCAAAUAGGCGCAAUCACUGGUCUGAAGGCCGCAAGGACUGGCGACACCUUGUUGACUUUUGGUUCCCACAAGUUGCUGCGGUCAGAUCUUGCCACCAUGCAAGUACGACCCCCGGACAUCCCUCCCGCUGUGGCUUUUAUCGUCUUAGACGCUUUGAGCCCAACGGGUGCCAAGGCUCUCGAGGCGGCCUUGGAGAGUCUCUCGAGAGAAGACCCCAGCCUACGAUGGUCCAAGGACGAGAAGACGGAGCAGUACACGCUUUCCGGGAUGGGCACGCUGCACUUGGAAGUCGCACGGGAUCGCCUCGAGAAUCACUACAAGGCCGAGGCGUAUUGGGGCGCUAUCUCGGUUGACUACAAAGAAUGCUUAACCGUGCCGACAGCUCCGCAUCGGGCAGUCUUCGACAAGGUAGUAGCGGGCAAAGAGGGCAAGGCGGCCUGUUCGGUUGUCAUCGAGCCUCUGCAAGGCCGCGAGCGCCCGACGGAGCUGGGACCUCACAUCGAGCGGGACGGAAACAUCAUCCAGGUGGAAUUUGCGCAGCAGAGCCCCUCAGUUGAUGUCGAAAUCACUAGACAGCAGCUCACGAAUGGUGCGAUAUCGGCGCUUGCCAGGGGCCCUCGUCGCAAUUCCCCGAUGCAUUCGUGCCUCGUCACGAUCACAUAUGACACCACGACCGACCUAUUUGGGCCCGCCCCCCCGGCGCAUCUCGCCGGCGCCGCUCACAAGGCGGUACGAUCGGCACUUAAGGAGGCGCACCAGCAGGGGACAGUCAGUAUCUUCGAGCCGGUCAUGCUGGCUACGAUUGUCUGCCCUGAAGUAUCAGCAGGAGCGGUUCAACAUGAUAUCCACUCCGUUCGCGGCGGCCACGUCCUCGAGAUCAAGGAUAUGCAAAACAUGCCGGCCCGAGAUGGUACUCUCGUAGACGUAGAGGACAUCUAUGCACCACCAGACCCUUACGAGUUCCAGACCACGCUGCGGGAAACUCAGAUCGGCCGCCCACGAAUGCUCGAGAUCACGGCCCGGGUGCCAUUCGUCGAGAUGCUCGACUACGACAACGUCCUCCGUAGUAAGACCGCCGGCAGGCACUCCCUGACGAUGUCCUUAGAUACUUUCGAGAGAGUCACCGGCCCGAGAGAGAAGGCUCUUUGACUUCGUCCCUCGGAGCGGGACCGAGUUGCGCUUGCGAGAGCAGAACUCGUGGUCGUAGUGUGUUGUUUCUAUGAUAUAUAACCUUCCCUACAGUAUAUGGACAAAAGACCUUGCGCUUCAGGCAACGCGAAGAGAGUUUCGGAGCGGAUU